UCUUUGAAGGAGAAAUUUCAAGUUUGCUGCACUUCUCUCUUGUCUUCAUCCAACUUAAAGACAUUUCACCCCUCCGCAACAGUUGACUUAUCCAAUGCUCAAAAACAGCAGAGCCGUCAAGAGAGAACUUGACGAUGAUGUCACAGAGUCUGUCAGAGAUCUGCUUUCUAAUGAGGAUGCAUGUGAUGAGGCAUUUAAGAAGAGCUCACUGAUUGUGCAGGACGUGGGAAAGUGUGUGGAGCGACCUGUAGAGGAAGGCUUAGAGGAACCAGAGGAGGAGGAGGAAGAUGAAGGCGAAGAGAGGCCUGCUUGGAGCAGCAAGCUUCAGUACAUCCUAGCUCAGGUGGGAUUCUCCGUCGGCCUCGGCAACGUCUGGAGGUUCCCAUACCUGUGUCAGAAAAACGGUGGAGGGGCUUACCUGGUGCCCUACCUCAUCCUCCUAGUGGUGAUUGGCAUCCCGCUGUUCUUCCUGGAACUGUCAGUAGGCCAGCGCAUCCGGCGAGGCAGCAUCGGAGUCUGGAACUACAUCAGCCCUCGUCUGGGUGGCAUCGGCUUUGCCAGCUGUUUGGUGUGCUUCUUUGUGGCCCUCUACUACAAUGUCAUCAUUAGCUGGAGUCUCUUCUACUUCUCUCAGUCCUUUCAGCAGCCACUGCCCUGGCAUGCGUGUCCUCUGCUCAAAAAUCAGAACAGCACAUAUGUGGUGCCUGAAUGUGAGAAGACCUCUGCCACCACGUACUUCUGGUACCGUGAGGCUCUGGACAUAUCCAACUCUAUUUCAGAGAGCGGAGGACUUAACUGGAAGAUGACUCUGUGCCUGUUUGCUGCCUGGGCCAUGGUGUGUCUGGCCAUGAUCAAAGGCAUCCAGUCCUCAGGGAAGGUGAUGUACUUCAGCUCCCUUUUUCCAUAUUUGGUGCUGAUCUGUUUCCUGGUGAGGGCACUUUUACUCAAAGGAUCCGUGGACGGCAUCAUUCACAUGUUUACACCCAAGCUUGAGAUCAUGCUGGAAGCUAAAGUAUGGCGUGAAGCAGCUACACAGGUUUUCUUCGCUCUGGGUCUGGGCUUCGGCGGUGUCAUCGCCUUCUCCAGCUACAACAAGCGCAGCAACAACUGCCAUUUUGAUGCCGUUCUUGUCUCUUUUAUCAACUUCUUCACAUCUGUCCUGGCCACGCUGGUGGUGUUUGCUGUGCUGGGUUUUAAAGCUAACAUUAUGAACACCAAGUGUGUUGAGCUAAACACAAAGAAGAUUAUUGGUUACCUGGGCAACGAGAUAAAUCGUGACUUGAUACCGCAUCACAUCAACUUCAGUCAUGUGACUGUAGAAGAUUACCAGAAGAUGACUGACAUUAUCCGUAGCGUGUUGGAGAAAGAUUACCCUCAUCUGGGCCUGGAUACCUGUGAUAUCAAAGAGGAGCUUAACAAGGCAGUGCAGGGCACAGGACUGGCCUUCAUCGCCUUCACUGAAGCUAUGACCCACUUCCCAGCCUCCCCGUUCUGGUCUGUCAUGUUCUUCCUCAUGCUAGUGAAUCUGGGCCUGGGCAGCAUGUUCGGCACAAUUGAAGGCAUCAUCACACCCAUUGUGGACACUUUCAAAGUGCGCAAGGAGUAUCUUACAGUUGGCUGCUGUGUACUGGCGUUCAGUAUCGGUCUGAUCUUUGUUCAGCGAUCAGGCAACUACUUUGUGGCCAUGUUUGAUGACUACUCUGCUACGCUGCCCCUUCUCAUCGUGGUCACUCUGGAAAACGUGGCUGUAGCCUGGGUCUACGGCACUGAAAGGUUUUUUGAGGAUCUGAAGGAUAUGCUGGGCUUCACUCCUUUUCGUUACUAUUACUACAUGUGGAAGUAUGUAACCCCUCUGUUGCUGAUGGCUUUGAUGGUUGCUAGUGCUAUCCAGCUGGGCAAGACACCCCCAAGCUACAGUGCCUGGAUUCAGGAACUGGCUCAAGAGCAAACGCUCAGUUACCCGCCAUGGGGCUUGGCUCUCUGCAUCACGCUGGUGGUGGCAGCCAUUUUGCCUGUGCCUGUGGUGUUUGUGCUGCGCUACUGUAACUUGAUCGAUGAGCAGUCCAGCGGCGCGUCCUCAAUUGCCUACCAGAAGGGCCGGAUCAUUAAGGAGAGCGUACACAGAAAGAGGGAGGAUGAGGAAGGAGACGACACCAGUCUGAUCCAUGGAAAGACACCAAGUGAAGCCCCAUCUCCGAUGCCCCCUAUCCGCAAGCAGAGCAGCUCCACGGGUCCAGCAGAGCCCGACUCCAACGGUCACUUUACCGCCGAAUAUCUUAUGCCUGACAUGCCGGAGUCCAAUUUAUAG